UCUUAAACCUUUUCAUCCAUUACUUGUUUAUUGUCAUAAACACAUUCUUCUAUAGUUCUCUACAAAGAAAGUCAAAAAAUGGCUCAAGCUAUGGCAUCAAUGGCUGGUUGCUUACGUGGUUCAUCAUCUCAAGCUGUGAUGGAAGGAAGUCUUCAACUGAGUGGCUCAAACAGGUUGAACAUGUUGCAUGGUAGCAACAGUAACAAGGUUACACGUUCAUCAGUGACAGUUGUUAGAGCACAACAGCAACAGGAAAGUAGCAGAAGAGCAGUGAUUGGUCUUGUUGCAACUGGUUUGGUUUCUUCCUCUUUUGUUCAAGCUGUUCUUGCUGAGGCCAUUCCCAUUAAAGUUGGUGGCCCUCCUGCACCUUCUGGUGGCCUUCCUGGAACACUGAACUCAGAUGAAGCAAGAGACCUUAAGCUACCAUUGAAAGAAAGGUUCUACCUUCAACCAUUGACACCAACUGAGGCAGCUGCAAGAGCUAAGGAGUCAGCAAAAGAAAUUGUUGCGGCUAAGAAGUUCAUAGACCAGAAAGCUUGGCCAUAUCUUCAGAAUGAUCUACGUCUCAGAGCUGGUUAUCUUCGGUAUGACCUUAACACCAUCAUCUCUGCAAAGCCAAAGGACCAGAAAAAAUCCCUCAAGGAACUCACCGGAAAGCUCUUCCAGGACAUCGACAAUCUGGAUUAUGCAGCAAAAGUUAAGAGCCCCUCAGAUGCAGAGAAGUACUAUGCUAUAGCUGUAUCUACUCUGAAUGAUGUUCUUAGCAAAAUUGGUUAAUAUGAAUGAUUUCUUGCUUUCUUGUGUAAGCUUUGUCUGUGAUUUUCUAAGACACUUUAUGUUUAACUUCUAUUUGAAGAAAAUCAAAUGAGAAAAAAAUUUGCUAUGAGCAAGCAGGAAAUUAUCAUCACUUUAUGCAA